AUGGAAUCUACUUCACCCACCAUGCCUAUUACACUGGACAAAAGAUUCCACCACUCCACUCCAACACACAGCUUCUCAAUCGCAUGGACAGCGCUGGGCUCAGCAUCCAACACGCCUUUGAUUUUCAUCCACGGCACGCCGUGGUCCUCACACGUAUGGCUCCCAUUUGCACGUGCGCUCUCCCGCAAAUACCGCGUGUACCUCUGCGACAACCCUGGGUUCGGGCAGUCGCCGGCCGAAAAACUCGAGUCGGGGACGACGGGGUUCAAGCCGGAGAGUGAGACGGAGCGUCUGGAUGGCGAUCUCGCGCGCCAAAGCGAGGCGUUUGCCGCGCUGUUCAAGCACUGGGGUGCGACGGAGGACUGGACGACACGGCCACACGUUGUUGCGCAUGACCAUGGGGGCCUGAUGAGUCUGCGCGCGCAUCUAGUGCAUGAGUGCCGGUAUGCCAGUCUGUGUUUAAUCGACGUUGUGGCGAUUGGUCCGUUUGGGCACGCGUUGUUCCAGAGCGUGGCUGAGAAUGCGGGUGCGUUUGAGAAGAUGCCUGAUGUGGUAUUUGAGGACAUGUUGGAAUCGUAUAUUCGGCAUGCGGCGUACACGGCGCUUGACUCGCGGACCGUGGAAAUGCUCAAGGCGCCGUGGAUGCGGGAAGGCGGGAAGGCAGGGUUUGUCCGCCAGCUUUGUCAGGCUGCCCAUCGCAGUACGGGGGAGGUCGAGGGGCGGUAUGCGGAUGUCGGGAGGGAGAUGCAUAUUAAGAUUAUAUGGGGGAAGCAAGAUAGCUGGAUUCCCGUGAGUGAUGCGCACAGGCUGGGUGCAGCGUUAGGGGCAAAAGAGGUCGUAGAGGUAGAUGGUGCAGGGCAUCUCAUCAUGUAUGAUCAGCCUGGCCAGCUAGGGGUUGAGCUAGCAGUGUGGUUGACUGCUAUGGGCGACUAG